AUGGCCGCCGAAAAGUCCAGCAACCCCAUGCGGGAGCUUAAGAUUCAGAAGCUCGUUCUGAACAUCUCCGUCGGUGAAUCUGGUGACAGACUCACUCGUGCCGCCAAGGUGCUUGAGCAGCUGUCUGGUCAAACCCCCGUCUACAGCAAGGCCCGUUACACCGUCCGUACCUUCGGUAUCCGCCGUAACGAAAAGAUUGCUGUUCACGUUACCGUCCGCGGUCCUAAGGCUGAGGAGAUUCUCGAGCGUGGCCUCAAGGUCAAGGAGUACGAGCUUCGCAAGCGCAACUUCUCCGAGACUGGCAACUUCGGCUUCGGUAUCAGCGAGCACAUCGAUCUUGGUAUCAAGUACGACCCUUCCAUCGGUAUCUACGGCAUGGACUUCUACUGCUGCAUGACCCGCCCCGGUGAGCGUGUCACCCGCCGCCGCCGCAUGAAGAGCAGAAUCGGUGCUUCUCACCGCAUCAAGCGCGAUGAGACCGUCAAGUGGUUCAAGGGCCGCUUCGAUGGCAUUGUCCGAUAA